AACUACUUCUGCUCUUAAUGUUAUUCAAUACAGGCAUAUCCAGGAUACGUGAGUUUGUGAGAUUGACUGUCGCCAUUCCACUUCAAAUAAAUCCCCGAUAUGUGAUUUUGUGAGUUGGUUUAUUCAGGAGGUGCUGCCUCUAGCGCGUUUCGUGUUAGUCAACAAGUAUUGUAUUCCAGUAGGUGCUGCCAUCAGUGACUUGUACCUUUGGAAUUUUCUACUACAUAAUAUUAAGUUUGAAUCUUUCUCCUUGUGGUUAUUUCCUUCUUGAUAAUAACUGCGAUAAGUUUUAGUUUUUUACAGCUUUAAUAUCGUUUUAAAUUCUUUUUGCUUUUACGUACUCCAAAAUAUUUUUAUUUACGAUAUACCCGCUUUCUAUUUCUGUUGAAUUUCUAACAAUGCAAGGUCAAAUUAAGUAAUGUACAGCAACCAAUAAAUAUAUGUAGAUUAACACUUAAUCAGUAUUUUACCCAUUUCACGUCCAUUUAUUGCUAAUAAAUAGAUUUGGCUUUGCAAAUUUUGCAAGACUGCUGAGAUUGCAAGAUAAUGGAUAAAGUCCAAAACUUAGACUACUUGUAAGACUAAGAACAAGAUUUAUUAAAUUUAUGCUCAUUGGCGAAUGCAUCUAUUUCGGGAAAUGCGAAAAUUAUUGACUCAAGAUAGAAAGAAGUAGAGAUGCGUGCCCAACCAGGCUUUGGGCUAAAGAUAAUGAAUGGAAUACAUCAUCAUUUGCUCCAUGGAUUUUUGGGCAAAUGACAAAUAAUAUAUAAAGAUUUCUGGUAAUUAGGUAACACUUGACUACCAAGUUUCCAGAAAAACUAAUCAUUUUCGCUAUCCAUUUUACACGGCAAUUAGGAAAAACUAAAACGGGUACCUUUGGUUCAGCUAAACCAAAAUAAAAUAAAAUCAAUUUUAGCCAUAAAAUAAACCUGCUGACGUAAUACUACACAAGCAAGCUAUUUACUUUUCCAUGACAACGAGAUUUUAACUGAUUGUAAGGUGCACUGUCAAAUUUAAUUCCAUCUCUUCAGUUUCUACCGUUUUUGUAUCAAAAUGCCUCCAGAGAAAGGGGAAGCGUGCUACGAAGUAUCAAACAUUGAAGAGCCUUCUAUUCCCGUUGAUAUUCCACCCAUGACAGAAUUCGUACCAUUCUUUGUUCGCGACAUCCCCAUAAGGCUUCCUUUGAACACAGGAACCAAUCUUGACGUUUAUUUUGAGCCUUUACCGCCACCGGAAUUUUACACAAGAUUGAACAUUCCCAACGAAAAUAACCUUAAGGAUCUACUGCAAAGGGUAACUGGGCUUCAAAAUGUUGAAAGUGUAACUCAACUGAAGCUAAAGGUAAUAACACAUGACAUAUGUUUACAAAACCUUAGUCUGUAUACGCCAAAUCUCACGGAACUAGACCUAUCUGGAAGUUCUGUGAGUUCGUUGAGAGAUCUGGGAUGUGGAUUAAAAAAUCUAAAGGUUUUGAAAGUAAACUACUGCGGCAUUUAUGUUUUGGACGGUUUGUUUGGACUUCAGACAUUACGAGAAAUCCAUGCAGGACAUAAUUUUAUUAAGGACAUAAGUCCGUGCAGUUUUCUUCCAGAAAUCGAACUCAUAGACAUGAGAUAUAAUCGCAUCGAGAACAUUAGUACGUUAAGCUUUUUAACUCUGUGCACUAAUCUAAAACACAUUAUUUUGGAAGGAAAUAGGGAAAUUGUGAGUCAUAAUCGUGCUGAAUAUAGAAGCACAGUAAGAAAUUUGCUUAGGACUUUGGAAACUUUGGAUGAAGUUGCAUUUACUGAUGAGGAUGGUGUUGUUUUACCCAGUAUAAAAAGCAAACCAGGAAUAAAAGAUGAUACGUCAUCAAUUUCGCAACCAUCGUCGAGUAGAGAAACGUCGUUACCUCCCAUAAAGGAUAGCAAAACUCCCCAUGUUUCCCCUAAGAACACUUUCAAAGCUACUAGUUCAAAAUCAAACCCGAAAAGCAAAUCAUCAUCAACUCAUCAGAAGACGACAGGAUUAGAAUCCGAUUUUCCAAAGGUUGUACAAUUGCCUAAACCUACAACAUCAAAACCCACUGCUAGAUCCUCAACUUUAAAAAAUAGAACAAAAGGCGACAAAGAAAAAUAGCAUACCACAUAUUUUGUAUUUAUUGAUU